AUGGUGUCUGUUCCUCAAAGUAUCCUUCCACCUCGUUUACUGAUGAAACAACAAGAAGGCGGAACUCAGCAGCUACCAGAUCCUACAAUCAGAUCGUGCACCAAAUCGCUCAGCUGGAGCACCCUUUCAGUGCCUAACUGCCAUGCCACCAGAGAAAAAAAACACGAGGGCUGGGAUACUGCCCGGUUGCCCAAGCCUAGACAGGGGAAGUUGAGAGUCCGAGUUCGGAUUCGAACCACAGAUCUUCCGAUCAAUAAAUUCGCGCUCUAUCCACUGAGCCAUCUCGUGCACCGAACAUCGGUCGAUCACGGCACCUCCUCUGUUUUUAUUAUCUAUUCCUUUCUCAGUGUGAUGGCACUUGAUGGGGAAGGAAGCACGAAGGUUGAGAUACUGCCAGGUCACCGAAGCCUAGACAGGGAUAGUCGACAGGCAGUGUUCGGGUUCAGACCACGGACCUUCCGGUCGGUGAAUUCGCGCUCUAGCUACUUGAGCCAUCACACCACCUCACAACUAUCGAUGACUGUCUGGGCUCAGAAGGCGGAACUCAGCAGCUACCAGAUCCUACAAUCAGAUCGUGCACCAAAUCGCUCAGCUGGAGCACCCUUUCAGUGCCUAACUGCCGUGCCACCAAAAGGAAGCACUGGGGCUGAGCUACUGCCAGGUUGCGCAAUUCUAGACAGGGAAAGUCAAGAGGCAGAGACCGGAUUCGAACCACGGACCAUCCGGUCAGCAAAUUCGCAUCCGCUGUGCAUCUCGUGCACCGAAUAUCGGUCGUUCACGGCACCUCCUCUGUUUUUAUUAUCUAUUCCUUUCUCAGUGUGA